AUGUCCAAAGUCCCUUCUAAUCGCCAAGUCAUAGACACCUUGAGUACACUUCCAGAAAAUGAUCCAUUUGGUUCUGUGAAGAAGGACGACGAAAAAACUCGCCAAUUCUUUAAAGGUCUAUAUAAUGAACUUAAGAAGUCAUUUGGAAAGGCCUCGGGUUCUUCAAGCGCAAAUUUAAAAGCGAUUCAAGAGAUCAAAAAACUGGAACUAUCACACCAAGAUCGUUUUCCUCAGUACAUAGAAUCCGCCAGGGUCUUCUGGGAAAGCGAUGUUGAAGUGCAACGCUACUUCGAUCAUGAGGAGAAAACAAAAGCUUUUCUCGAGAGUGCAUACCAAUUGAAGAAGGGAGUAGAUGAGGUACUGGUUCUACGAAGAUUUGUGGAACUUGCUGUCUACCAUCUCUAUCAACGAGCGUUUUCAAACGUCUCUUCUGUGACGACCGAGAAUGUCAAAAACUUUCUCGUAGAAUCAAAGGUUGUGAUGAGAGACUGCAAGGAUGAUGAUGACGCCCAAAAACGCUCUGAAAUCAUUAAAAAAUACUCUGAAAUGGCUACUCGGGGACGAAAAAUGCACGAGUUCUGCGUCGAGAUCGCGCAGGUUCCUGGAGAGGGCACUGUGGAUAAUAGCAUAUAUGGGGUUCUGUUCAUAAAAGCCAUCCCUGAUAUAUUUACACCAAGACAUCUCGUGGGGACCGACUACGAUAAAUCUGUCGAACAUAUUGAAGGAUUAUGGAAAGGCGAAGAAGCUGUGGAAGCAGGAAAAGUUGCGAAGAAGGUGUUAGAUUACCAUAGUCAAAAACUUCAAUGGUGCUAUGAAAUUACAGCGGACAAAGGCAGGAAAAAGCGAUAUAGAAAAGAUCAUACAGGAGCUCGCCAAAGGAAAAAGCAACGUGCAACAGCCGCUGAGAAGCCGCGCUCCGAGGGCGCUCCAGCCCGUGAUGUUUCGGAUCAAGUACUUAGUGACAGCGCCGCUGCACAAAUACUCAAUCAGAUGACACGAAAUGUCAACGAUGAUGUCCAUGGACUUUCAGCCGACCCAACCGAUCACAUUACCGAUCCGAUAGCUAGACAAGUCGAAUCAAAUUCAGCGCCAUUUCAAAUUCAGAAUGCCGAGGAUCCUAGUUCUGCACGUCUCAGCGCAAGCUCAACUGGACUGGACAGUGCACUCUUUGUUUAUCAAAAUGAUUCAAGCGUGGUCAAUGACGAGAGCAUUCCUACGCAGCAAACUCGAGCGAGAAGCUUUCGUCAUGAUCUGUCAGAGUCCUGUGCCCACGUUAUGGGUAACGAGCCUUUCCAAUCUGCUCCAGCCUCAAACGAUAAUGUGACAGAUUUAAUCUCCAAACGUCGCCAUCAAGCAAAUAUGCGCCAAGGACCCCGUACAGUAUCUUUGCAGCCAUUACAGAUAGCCUCAAGCCAAUGGAUGCCAGCUGGAGCAGGUUGCAAUCCACAAUUACAGUCAGAUAAAAAUGAGCCGUCGUCUCAACAGGCUGCUUCGCUUGCUAUUCGGAACCAGCAGGCAGCUCUGGCAACUCCACUGGACUCAUUCUCACUACCGCAAAAUUCAGAGGGUUUCAGGCAGCCUGCUCGCUAUUCUCAGCAAAGCGAGUCGACCCAAAAUUCCGCAAACUACGCUCAAAUACCGGUUGCCUCGAAUGAUGGCGAGCUCCUGGCAAUCUCGGGAAAUCCUGCAACGGAUAUGGAUUCCUUGGAUUCUAGUAAUAUAGCCGCGCUGGGAGUCCAUCCUUCAACAAAUAUGGAUUUCCUCGACUCGAAUGACGGCGAUCUCCUGGCAACCUCAGGAAUACAUCCUACAAUGAACAUGGAUUUCUUAGGUCCCAGCGACAGCGAAUAUAUAGCCGCGCUGGGAGUGCAUCCUUCAACAAAUAUGGAUUUCCUCAACUUGAAUGACGACGAUCUCCUGGCAACUUUGGGACUCUACACGGGAUAA